CCGACACCAACUCCAAAACACGCAUCAUUCCCAGCGCACAGCUGCAGCAAGGUUUUGCCACCCUGUGGCAGCCAGCCAGCCUAACCUGCCGCCCGCCAUGUAGCGCCACCACUCCCCCCUUCGUCCUCGUCCUCGUCCUCGUCGAACAGACAGGCCAUGUUUCUAGUACAACGUCGACGACGCUGAAGAUGCGUCUCUUUCUCAUCCGCCACGGCGAGUCCGUCGACAACGUUGCUGGUCUCUACGCAGGCUCUCGCGACUCGUCCCUGACCAACCAUGGCGUCCUCCAGGCCCGCCGCCUCGGUGCACACCUGGUCUCCCGGUCAUCCACCAUUGGUCGAGUGCAGCGCAUCUUCACCUCCAACCUGCAGCGUGCUGUCAGGACUGCCGAGGCGGUCGCAGAGGCCCAGAUGAGCGACGACCCCUCGGCCGAGGUGGUCGGUGUCGUGCAGCUGCCCGAGCUGAGGGAGAAGAACUUUGGCUCCGAGGAGGGGAGGAAGUUCGGCACGCGUGGCACAGACCAGUCGUCUGCCGGCUGGAUCGAGCCCGAGAGCAAGGAGUCCAUGAAGGCCCGCGUCGAGCGCUUCAUCGACAACCACCUCAUCCCCACCGUCCUGCGCGGCUUCCACAGCGACGUCAAUCACUCCCUUGCCAUCGUCGCCCACGGCAUCAUACUCAACGUCCUCCUGAGGUGCCUGCUGGCGCGGUUCGGCCCGGACGAGUUCACCAAGCUCACCAGACCAACCGACACCCCCGGGAAGAUGGAGUGGCUGGCGUCCUGGUCGAACACGGGCUAUCUCGAGGCGGAUCUGCGCUUGAGGAUUGGUGCACCCCAAGCAGCAACUCGCCCAAGCCCCCCCGCCACGCCUGGCAACAGUCGCCCCAUGCUGGGCUCCGUCGUGCCCCGCCAGCCCUCGAGAGAGAACGCUGUUGCUGCGGCCGACACUCGCCAGGCCGAGGCUCCGUCCGUCGAGAUCUUGAUGACGGUUACUUCUGUCAAUACCACAGAUCACCUUCAGGGUCUGAAGAAGACUCGAGGCGGCAUUGGCAGUGCGGCCUUUGACCAGAAGCAGAAGACCAUGGACUCGUUCUUCAUCACAAGGACCCCCAAGGCCUCGCCGCCAGUCAAGGCUCCUUCGCCGGUCAAGGCCCCGUUGCCAGUCAAGGACACGACACCCGUCGAGCUUCAAUCAGUCGAGCCCCCUCCGCCGGCCGAGGUUCCCCAGCAAAUCAAGGGACCUCGUCCACAACCCCCGUCCCGCCAGCAGCCCCAAGCCCGGCCUCAGCCUCAGGUUCAGGCUCCAGCUCAAGCACAACCCCAAGCCCAAGGCCAAGCUCAAGCUCAACCCCAAUCAGGGAAGGCCUCCCAGCCAACCCAACCCCCCGCGCCUACCAAGGCACCCCAGCCCCAGCCCCAGCCAGUCCAGCCAGUCCAGCCCUCUCCAGCUGUUCAGGCAGUCCAGGCCCCGCGCCCAGUCCGGUCACCGAAGCCAGCUGCGUCCUCCCGGCGAGCCCAGGCCACCCGCCCCAUCAAGGCCGCCGAGCCGGCAACAGAACCACCUGAGCAAGUGACAUCCCCUCCGCCAGCCGAGGCCCUUCAACCCGUGAAGCCGCCCCAGCCGACCGAGGCCACCCGCCCAGUCAAGGCACCCCAGCCCGUCAAGGUCUCGCGCCCUGCCACCGAGGUCUCGGUGGUGUCCAAGGCCACCGAGGCCCCCAAGGCAACGCAGUCGGCCAAGGUCUCCAAACCGAACAAGGUGAAGCGGCCGAUCAAAAAGGCCAAGCCCUUCAAGAAGGUCAGGUUCAUCUUGCCUGUCAAGGACUGAGCAUGUGUGCUCUUGUCUCCUGGCUGCCCAUUGACCCAUCUAUCUUGGGGAGACCGACGCCCUCGGUCCGCGCCCAGGCCUGACUGAGCAGCCGCCGCCUCAGUGCCUGGGCGUCCACACCCACAUGCCCGCAGUCCCAUGCCUUAUGAACCUCGAUGACGUACACAACCCCAACCCAGGCCCGAUGCCAGCAUCGCUUUGGUGCGCAAGGGUCCCUACUCCCAGUCAUCACGGAAGCCUCCCUCCCUUCCUUGGGUAUUGUAUUGAAGGCCGUUAGAUAAGUAGGAAGAUGAUCGUGCGGGUCUAGGCACUUUCCCAUAGCAUCGAUAUUUUCAAGCGUGUUUUGACACCUUUUGCAAAUCUGGAGUUUCGGCCUGAAAGCAUUUUGGUCAUGUCCCCUCUACAAGCUCGUGUUUUAUUUGAUUAUGCGACGGCCCUAGUCAUGUAGAGAUGGCAAUUCAUACUUGGGUGCUCUCAUCAUCGUACCCCUUGCUUCAGGCAAAGAAGGCUGUUUCGGGUUCUGAGUCCAGGCAGGCCCGUGGUCUUGACGGCCCUGGCUCUCUUGGUCUGUCUGUGGUUAUGAGCAUAGCUAGCCGGAACGGAAAUCAAAUCAAGAUUGUUGAGCAGAGCCCGUCGGGGGCGCACCUACCUACCUACCUACCUACCUACACCUCACCUUGUCGCCCCGUCUGUCAUGUGCUGUAAUCAUACGCACGUACAUAGCUGCGAAUUUUCUUCUCUCCUUCGUCAACAGCGUGCGCAAGAGACAGUACAGACAGGUGACGACGCCGUCGCAUCAGCCAUGCCUCCUCCUUGCCUCAGCCCCCCCCCCCCCCAGCGGACGGGCGAAAGGGGGGAGGUCUACCCUGGUUGUUACCAGCCGCGUUCGCAACCCAUCGAGCC